AGUUGCGUAGGGUAUUAGAUGUCUCACAUUGGGAUUUCAAGUUAAAGAACUUAAACCUAAAUGCUGGAAACAUUGUUCCUUAUCAGACCCAGUUUCAAUUACGUCGUUCGCGCAAGAGACAAUGUCGACGGGUUGCUGAAUCAAAUCAUUUUGGAUAAUGUAAUCUGCAGAUUUCGUGUCAUUGCCAUGAUUGUAAAGGUACAUCGUCUCACGCUUCUUCCUGUAAGGGCAGUUAUGCCAGUCGCUCUCUGGAGAAAGUUCUGUCGUUCCUAUUUCAAUAUCAUCUCCGAUCCGAUCACCCAAGUUUUGAGCAAUAAAUUGAGUGUCCAAGAGCUUUUUGACCAAAUCUUGCAUCUCAUCGUAUCCUUCGGGUUUAAUUGCACAAAAACCUUUCCCUUUACAUUCUUCAGGAAUUUUUAGGGUUGGUUUUUUAGGUGCAGCAUUACUGAUUGCUACCAAGACCAUCAGCACAAACAAAAAUUGGAGAGUCGCCAUUGUUAAAAAACAAA